GCCAGCAGCGGUCGGGUCGUGCGUCGCGCCCCGAGCAGCAAGGGUAGGUGGGGUGGUAGGGGCCGGCUGGAUGACCGGCCGGUCGCCGCGCGAGUGGCGGCGAAGAGCUGCGUGACCGGACGAGACAUGGCCACUGAGUGGAUCACCGCCAUCGACAAGCGGCCGUGCGAGCGUGACCACAGGGACGUGGACGUGAUCACGCAGCGGCUACGUCGCGUCGGCAAGUUGGCACGCCUGCCGGCGUCCGUGCUGCAGCAGUUGGCGUUCUGCGGCUACUACGAGGACCUGGAGCGAGGCGUCACGCUGUUCAGGCAAGGCGACGCCGGGUCCAGCUGGUACGCAGUGCUGGGGGGCACAUUGGACGUCUUGAGCGAGGAGGGCAAGGAAGGCGACGACAAGACGACGGCCACGCUGUGCACCCUGGGAGUGGGAGCCACCUUCGGCGAGUCCGUGGUUCGCGACCAGCCGCGAGAGGGCACCGUCGUCACCCGCUCCACCUGCGAGCUGCUGCGGGUCGACCAGAGCGACUUCAAGGUCAUCUGGGAGAAGCACAAGGACCUGCUUGGGGAGGUGCUUGCAAGCAGCAGGAUCAAAACUGGCGGGGGCGGAGCCUCGACGCCCAAGUCGCCGCCCCCGAGCGCCGCCUCUCUGCCGCCGCAGUACAGCGCGCGGCCCGUUGUCAGCGAGUCCACAAACCCCGCGGGACCGGUGGUCGAGGCGCCUAGCCCGCAGAUGUCGCGGGCCGGCUGGACGCUGCGCGCCUUGCUGCUGUCGUCGGGCGGCGUGCUGCGCGACCGCAAGGCGUCGGGACGCGUGUACCGGCGCUCGGCGACGGGCGCCGACCUGGUGGACUGGCUGCUGUCCGCCGGCGGGCCCGCCGUGCCGUCGCGCCAGCACGCCGUGGGCAUGUGGCAGGCGCUGCUCGAAGAGGGCGUCGUCUCGCACGUGACGGGCGAGCAGCCGUUCAAGGACAAGAGCACGCUGUACUGGUUCCGGCAGGACGCCGAGGAGGGCGUGCUGGCCGCAGUGCCCGACGAACACGACUUGCAGCAGGCAGAGGAGCAGCUGAGCGCGGCGCUCUCCGCCCUGGCGCAGCGCGCGCCCGACGCCGUCAUGCGCGCCGUCCUGCGCAAGUCGAGCCAGGAGCGCAGCCCCGAGGACCUGGAGCUCAUCUACGAGGAGCUGCUGCACAUCAAGGCGCUGGCGCACCUCUCCAACUCCGUGAAGCGCGAGCUGUCCGCCGUCAUCGUGUUCGAGGCACACGUGCACGCCGGCUCCGUGCUUUUCAACCAGGGGGACGAAGGCCACUCCUGGUACAUCAUCCUCCGGGGCUCCGUCGACGUGGUGAUUCACGGCAAGGGCACGGUGACCACGCUGCAGGAGGGCGACGACUUCGGGAAACUCGCCCUCAUCAACGACGCUCCGAGGGCUGCGACCAUCGUGCUGCGCGAGGGCAGCUGCCACUUCCUGCGCGUCGACAAGGACAGCUUCAACAGGAUCCUGCGCGACGUGGAGGCCAACACGGUGCGGCUCAAGGAGCACGGCCGGGACGUGCUGGUGCUGGAGAAGAUCUCGUCCAGCCACGCGCACACGUACUCCCACUUCAAGUACACCGUGAUGGCCGGGACGCCCCAGAAGAUGCUGGAGCACCUGCUGGAGACGAGGCUGGACGGGCGGGGCGGAGGCGGGGUGGGCGGCACCUACCUGGCCAGCGACCUCUUCCUCGAGGACUUCCUCCUCACGCACAUCGUGUUCAUGCCGACGCACCAGCUGGUCUCCGAGCUCGCCAGGCACUACCGCAUCGACUCGCCCAGCCAAGACUGCGAGUUCCUGCUGGCCUGCAAGAGGAGAGUGGUGCAGUUCAUCCACUGCUGGGUGCUCACCAUACGGCAGCCGGUGUUUGAGGACCCCAACGCCCUGGCGUUCAUCGAGGAGCUGGCGGGCGAGGUGGAGUCGGACUGCAUUCGCUGGAGCUCGCUGGAGGAGGAGGCCAGCCUCAUGCACCACGUCACGUCGCAGCUGCGCCGGUUCCAGGAGGAGCGCGAGCGCCGCUCCGGCCAGAAGUGGAAGCUGCCUCCCUGCGGCCAGCCCGUCUGCCUGUUCGGGGGCUCCGGCCAGGACCGCGCCUGCAUCCGCCCCACCGACGACAUCAUAUUCCGGGUGUACUGCGCGGACCACACGUACUGCACCCUGCGGCUGCCCGUGAGCGCGACGGCCGAGGCCGUCAAGCUGUCGGCGGCCGACAAGCUGAAGCUGCGGCACCCGGACCUGGUGCUGGUGGAGGUGCGGUCCAACGGGGACCGGGUCGCCUUCCGGGACGACGACCUCGGCAUCCCCACCUCGCUCAGCCUCAACGGGCGCAUCUUCGUGUCCCCGCGGGACCACCUCGACGCCCUGACGUGCCUCGCGGACCAGGAGGGCCCGACGGAAGGGAUGGACGCCGACCUGGAGCUGUUCAGCACCAAGGAGCUCGCCUACCACAUGACGCUGUUCGACUGGGACUUGUUCUGGUGUGUGCACGAGUACGAGCUGAUCUACCACACGUUCGGCCGCUACCAUUUCGGCCAGACGACCGCCAACCUUGACGUCUUCCUCCGCCGCUUCAACGAGCUGCAGUUCUGGGUCGUCACCGAGAUAUGCCUCACCCAGAGCCUGAGCAAGCGGGUGCAGAUCUUGCGCAAGAUGAUCAAGCUGGCCGCUUACUGCAAGGAGUUCCAGAACCUGAAUGCUUUCUUCGCCAUCGUCAUGGGACUCAGCAACAUGGCGAUCAGCCGUCUCUCCCUGACUUGGGAGAAGCUGCCUUCAAAGUUCCGGAAGCUCUUCACGGAGUUCGAAGCCCUGAUCGACCCCAGCAGGAACCACCGAGCGUACCGGCUCAACGUCGGUAAACUUCAGCCCCCAGUCGUACCGUUCAUGCCUCUUUUGCUGAAAGAUAUGACUUUCACUCACGAGGGUAACAAGACCUGUCUGGAUGGUCUGGUCAAUUUUGAAAAAAUGCACAUGCUGGCACAGACGAUGCGCACCAUCCGCUACUGUCGGAGCAGGCACCUGGUGCUGGAGCCACCGUCUCCGAAAAGUGAAGCAGACGUCCGCUCGUACAUCAGCUGUAUGAGAAUAAUCGACAAUCAGCGAGUUCUAACUAGUUUAUCGCAGAAACUGGAGCCUAGGCGUUCGUAGUCACCAACAAGCACAACUUUACGUAAACAAGCAAAAUAAGUAUCUUCCUCGUACUGCUGGGGAAAAAAAACUGAUCUGUUUCAACUGACUGCGAUACGGCUGGCUUUUGAAUAUUUGCCUAGUCAUCAAUCAACUGAGAUAAAAGGGAUCAAUGAGAAUAUGUGUGUGUAAUUGUCAAACGUUUCUUAAUUUACGUAAUUUAAAUUUAUUUGCCAAUAACCUUAUUUGUAGGAUGUGUAACAAUGUAACAAUAUUGAGUAGUGCACUGCUGACGUUCGGUUAACUGUCUCGAUUUAUGUGUCACAGUAUUUUGAUGGAAGUUUGUUUCAUGUUACGUGUGAUUCAUCAUUACUUUCACAUGUUUUGGAUACCUCAUUAUGAAUAUAAAAAGUGAAUCCUAAUUUUUUUAAGUUGUGUAAAGGUAAAAAAAUUAAUUUGUCUUCUUUAAAGCACACGUCAUCUCCAUGAAUUGCUUUGCCUCGGUUUCUAAACAAAAAAAUUUACAACAAAGAUAAUGCUACAAAAUGACAUAGAAAACAAAUAUCCUGCAUCUUGGAUAUAGACACAUGUGUAUAGGCUAUGGUUUAUUUUAAAAAUUUAUUUUUCCAUGAGACAUAUAGCAAUAGUUAUAUUGUAACUAAAACUGAAUGUUAACUACGAAAUUAACCGUAUUGUACAUAUUAACAAGUUUUUACAGAGUAAUAAAUCCCCACAGCAGCAUCCACUGUACUUUCUCAUCUCGGAGCAUGUAAUACUGUUCUGUAUUCAGACUGUUCAAUGACAUUAAGAGGACAUUACGAAAAGAACAGCAAUAAAUACUUUGAAAGUACAAGCCAUCUAUUAGAGUAUCAGUGGGUCGAAGACUUGGCAUCAAUUUAGAUUUUACUUCUUUUUUUUUUACGUGAUUCUUAAAAGAACAUUUGCAGUAUCAAAAAUCUUUAUCCACCUGUACAAAACCAGGUACUCAGUCAGUUAAAAAAUAAAUAGGUGAUUGUAACUAUUAAAAAUUGAAUUACAGAAAAAAUACCGGGAAAACCAGGCUAACCGAACUUAAGGGGAGAAGCCAGUUUCGAAUAACUAUUUGUAUUCUAUUCAGUCAUGGACAUCUAUUAAUAAUUUUAUCUAAUUAUUUACAGUAUGUAAUUCUUAAUGCUUUGAAGGUCAAAAUCCCUUUGUAGGCUUUACUUAUGUACAUACUUAAUUAAUGUUAAAAUUAUAUUUUUUUGAUUACAUACAUCAAUAUAUACUUGGUAUGAAUUACUCAUCCUAAAAUAUUUUUUGUGCCCCUCCAAUUGUUUUCUAGCAGCAAUGUCCCGCCAUCUCUUCAUUAGAAGUAAGUUCCGUCAGCCAGCGUUAACUCACUGCAUAUUUCAAAAAAUCUUAGUGCUACCUAAAAUAACAACUUAUAACCACACAUGUCAUGCAUUGGAUUUGGAAUUUAGGAGGCAUUUUAGAUAACCCAGCUCUCGGUAAGUCUGAUUUUGGUAUAACCUCAGUUUUACGGUAGGCACAACAAUAACAGACACAAAUCCUAGAUGGGGACUAUACAUUUAAUGUUUUAUAGCAAAUAUGAGCAGAUUUGAUGAGCUUAAAGAUCCAAUUAACAGUCUUACAGAAUUUAUGUUGUUCUUUUGAUCCAAAACUUUUCAAAAAAUUAACCACUAAAAACCCAAAAUAAUGCAACAAAAAUAUUGGACCACAAUUUUUUUUAAAACUGAUGAUCAUAAUGAGGUUUUCUGCAUGUAUUCUUAAAAGCAACUAUAGCAUAUAUCCUAUUUGUAAAUUUGUUCAGAUUUUAUAUUGUACAUUAGUGUCAACUGUGUGGCGUCCUCAAUCACUAUUGUUCCUGGUAAAUGGAGAUUGUGGUAAUAAUGUUACUUAUCUGAUUUUAACUUGAAAAAAAAAAAACAAUUUAUACUGACAAUUGAACACUGAUGUUGGUAGGCCACACGCAACCAUUUCACUUCACUUUGUAAUCAAAUUCUCCUAGGAAAUAUCUAAAAUGCAUGCUUUAUUUCAUACAUAAGUAGUCAAUCUAGUUGUUAAUUCUUGUCAUAAAUACUACGUAGAGAGCUGGCGCAUAUUUUAUAAAUUACUGUUCUUCAACAUUUCAAAAUAAAAAUUCCCUGAAAUUUUUAUGAUAAAAUGCUCAUUUUUCUAAAUGAAAUAUGUAGGUAAAAAAAAUUAAAUAAAUCGGGAAGAUUAAAAAAAAAUACAUACCAUUUUUUUACGAACAUAUGCUAACAUGUCCACAAUUUUAUUUUACUUUGAUUAACAUUGACUUCUCUAAAUAAAAAAAAGAUAAUCAUGUAUGGUGAACAGAUUGCAAAAAAAAAGAAAA